AUGGAAUCAAGUCGGAUCCUUCUUAACACUCUCCGCUGUACCCUCGGUCUUACUAACCUGCGAGAUGUGUCACAACUGACCCAAGUCUCCCAGAACCGGCUCGAGCAAAAGUUUGACGCUAUGUCUGAGAGGUUCUCGACUAGGAGAAUGAGCAGCAUUUACAUGAGAUGGCUCAUUCACCAAGACUUUACGGUAGGAGAGCGUCUCCAAAGCCAAGUGGUUGAGCAAUGGGUUUCGUUUGUGGACUCUUGGGGAUUGGAGGUUGAAGAGGCCAUCGCCUUAUGGGCUAAAACUAUGGACGAGGACACUGGGUCGGACGAGGAAACAAAACAGCUGAGAGUUAAGAGGAAUUCUUUACGACAUGAAAUAGAGUCUCAGUUCUUUAAACUCAAGUAUGAUGCUCAGCUCGCAUGGGUACGGAUAUCGUACUAA